GGCCGCGGGGCCACACGGGUCCCCACCGCCUCCAACGACCUCCCAGUCGAGCCCACCAGUCCGUCCGCGGCGGGGCCGGCGGCGGCGUGCGGGGCUCGGCUCGCUGGCGCCGGCGACGCGACCGAAGGCGACCGAAGGCGAAACAAUCCAGCCGAGGACUUCUGAACCUUUGUGUCCGUCAAACCCACUCACCAUAGAGGAGCGAGGAGCGAGUACAGACUGCAAACAGAAUGACCAGCUCAUCUGCUCCCAGGAUGGUGAAUAGUUACAAGCGGACUUCAAGCCCCCGAUCCCCUACUAACAGUGGGGAGCUCUUCACCCCUGCACAUGAGGAAAAUGUGCGCUUUAUACAUGAAACCUGGCAGUUUGUGCUCAGAGACAUCAGAUCAACACAGAAUAGUGAACGUAAUGACCGUGGACCACAGGAGUAUGUGGAGAAGAACCCAAAUCCUAACCUACAUUCUUUUACACCAGUGGACCUGAGUGACCUCAAGAAACGCAACACACAGGACUCCAAAAAGUCCUAGUCUUUCUCACGAUGGUCCGGCCGCUUUUUUUUCUCCACCCAUUAUCCUCGAGAACUUUUCCUCUGUCAGCCAGAAAGUCAGCUCUGUUGGCCAGUCUAGCACAGAAUGCCAAGUUUGUUACUAAACUCUGGACCAUAGCAACACCUGUCUCUUUGUUUAUCAUCUACAACCGACUAAGAAGAAAAGAACUGGGAUUUCCGGGAGUACAAACUCUCACCUCUCUUGGUUCAUGUUUUUUUUUUUUUCAAGUCUCAAAAUCUUCAUUUGUACAUUGUUUAUGUGGAUGGGACUGACGCAAAUUUUCAUCACAAUUCGCUGACUUCUGAUGCUGAGAUACAAACUGUUGACACUCUCCACAGGACAAAAAGACUGCAGUCUUAAAUACAAACCCUGUUUUCUUUACUACUGCUACUUAUAUGACUUUGGAGGAAAAUGCGAAAGGGCUGACUUCUAUUUUAUUUGUUUUUGUUUUGGGAGAUAGUUUGAUCAAUAAAUUGUAGAGGUGAUGAAAUGGUCACAUUGGAUACACACUUUAUGGGCAAGCCAAAUGCAAUAUAGAAGGCCAACAUUUUUAUUAUAAAUUUUCUUGCUCUCAAAUGGACUUUACUAAGUAGAGACCUCCCCAAGUAUACUGCCCUUGGUUAACCCCCUCCUUCCCUAAACGUUGAAACAAAAUGUUGAAUAAAAGACUUUUACAAUA